AGCACAACCACCGGCCGAGCCAGCGCUGGUGGGGUGCCUGGCGCUGCCAUCUCCAGCCGCUUCUUCUGUUCCUGGCUUGCCGGGCGCGAUCGCGUGGGCGCCGAGCUCCUCUUCGCGCCCAGAUCGAGGGGGCGCGGACCUUUUCUUUCAAGGAAGGGGCGUCGUUGGUUUUCCUCUUCUUUUCCUCCCCGCUUCCUUUUUGCUUUGCUGCCCGCCCGUUCUCCCUUUCCCCCUUUCCCUCCCCUUCCUUUCCUCCCCGACUUUGAAUUUUGGGGUCCGACGCGAGGCAAGCGCUUUGGAGGUCGCAAGGAGGAUGGUGAUAAAGAUGAUGAGGGGGAAGAGAUGGAGAUGAAGCAGACUAUGCAGAUGCGGGGACUCCUGUUGCUGUUGCCGGCACUAUGGGCUCUGUUUUCGCGGGACUUCAGGGCUGUAACAGAAGCAAAAGGGGUUGGAAUGCCAAUCAAACUGACCGUGUCCCAGGGGCAGCCAGUGAAGCUCAACUGCAGCCUGGAGGGAAUGGAAGAACCAGAGAUGCUGUGGAUCAAAGAUGGAGCUGUGGUGCAGGGUAUAGACCAGGUGUACAUUCCAGUAAAUGAAGAACACUGGAUAGGCUUCCUCAGCUUGAAGUCUGUUGAUCGGACAGAUUCUGGAAAAUAUUGGUGCCAAGUGGAGACCAAUGGGAAGAAAGAGGAAUCACAGCACGUAUGGCUUAUUGUGGAAGGUGUUCCCUAUUUCACUGUUGAGCCAAAAGACCAGUCAGUCAUCCCUGGUAGGCCUUUCCAAAUGGCCUGUGCUGCAGUAGGACCACCUGAGCCAGUGACAAUUGUCUGGUGGAUGGGCGAUUCCAGGCUUGGACAUCCAGAUAUCUCUCCCUCCACUCUAAAUGUGUCAG